UGUAUGGAUGGGGGAUUGCUAAAUGAGUAGUUGUGGGGUUUUUUUUGGUUUUGUUUUUUUUUUUAAAGCGAGCCUUGCAGGUGAAGGGGGCGGAUGAUGCGAGCCUUUUUGAAGAGUUCGGAGGGGUGUUUUCAGCUGAAACAGCACACCACGACGAUAGGCAGGCACGAAGCGUCCGACAUCGUCCUGCAGUCCGCAGGUGUAGCAGAUCAUCACGCAGCCCUUGAAUUUGCUGCCUUGGACAACAGCUUCGUCCUUCAGGACUUCAACUCCCCCCACGGCACCUUCGUCAAUGGCUGCCAGGUCCAAAACGCGGCCGUCAGAGUGAGUCCGGGGGAUAUCCUGCGCUUUGGCGCAGGGGGAGCGUCCUUCGAGCUGGUGGUGGAUGGGGCUGCCCAGAUGUCCUAUCCCCCCGUGAAGCGUCGCACAGCGUGGACCGGGCCGCCGCAGCUGGUUGCGGAGCCCAAACCCUCAGCUCCUCCGCGUCCUCCCCACCUCCCCUUGCUGCAGUGGCAGCAGCCCCCCAGCUCUCCCGGCAGCUGGGUUCCCGGAGCAGCCGGCCGCGUGCCCCGUCCGCCGCUGCGGAAGCGACCCGUGAGUGCCAGGGCUAGGAGCGUGGCUGCCGCCGUCUCGCCGGACGCUUUCAGCGGGACCUCCGCGGUGAGGCCAGGAGAAGGUGAUGCUGGGGAAGGCGUGAGGAACGCCAUCCCCGUCCCGCUCCUGGGCAGAGCGGGCAAAUCCUGCCAGACGGUUGGGUGUGCGACCGCGCGUCCCGGCAGGCUGGGGGGGCUGUCACCAAAGGGGGCUGCUCCCGUGGACGGGGACGGCUGGGGGCACGGUGGGACGUGGGAAGUCGGGGCGAGCGCGUCCGUGCGGUCGCUGGCCGCGGGUUGGUACCCCCUGGAGCGGGCAGCCCGGCAUCUCCGUAGCCGGAGAGUGACUGACGGCACCCGCAAUCUGCCCGCAGGGUGA